GGUUUUCACUCUCUCCAGAGCCAGAGGUGCUGCUUUGCCUCGCUGUCUCUCCGUUCUAGAGAGAGAAACACUGAUUCAACUCUCUCUCUUAGAUGGCCGAAGAACCAAUGCCUACUCGCUGGUCUUUCCAGGACUUCAAAUUUUAUUAUGAUGCCAAGUUUGGUAGGAAGAAAGUCGCGGAGGAUGGCGAAAAUGGUGAUAAACCGGUCAGUAAUGGAAGUUCAUUGGGCAUUGCAUCUAAUGGCAAAAGAGCGUCGGAUAUGGCUAUUUACGAGCAGUUUCAAAGCCAGGAGCAGAAUCUGACUCACACUAAUGGUAUUUCUCCGAACAAUAUGGAUGAAAGGCCGCAGAAGUCUUUGCUUCCACCUUUUGAAUCUGCAGACAUGCGUUCUUUAGCAGAGAGCCUAAGUAGGGAUAUCGUUCGUGGAAGUCCGGAUGUUAAGUGGGAAAGCAUCAAAGGAUUGGAGAAUGCCAAACGUUUAUUGAAAGAGGCUGUUGUGAUGCCAAUUAAGUAUCCCAAGUAUUUUACUGGUCUGUUAUCACCAUGGAAGGGCAUUCUCCUCUUUGGCCCUCCAGGGACAGGAAAGACAAUGCUUGCAAAGGCAGUAGCGACAGAGUGCAAGACUACUUUUUUUAAUAUUUCAGCAUCAUCUGUUGUCAGCAAAUGGCGAGGUGAUUCAGAGAAGUUAGUGAAAGUGUUAUUUGAACUUGCUAGGCAUCAUGCUCCCUCGACAAUAUUUCUUGAUGAAAUUGAUGCAAUCAUUACUCAACGUGGUGAAGCUCGCAGUGAACAUGAAGCAAGUAGACGGUUAAAAACUGAGCUUCUCAUUCAGAUGGAUGGUUUGACACGGACAGAUGAACUUGUUUUUGUUUUGGCGGCAACAAAUCUUCCCUGGGAAUUGGAUGCAGCCAUGCUCCGACGUCUGGAGAAGCGUAUACUUGUACCACUUCCAGAACCAGAAGCGAGAAGAGCAAUGUUUGAGGCACUCCUUCCCCCACAGCCUGACGAGGAACCGAUCCCCUACGAUUUACUGGUGGACCAGACUGAAGGAUAUUCAGGCUCAGAUAUCCGAUUACUCUGUAAAGAGACAGCAAUGCAGCCCUUGAGACGCUUAAUGUCGCAACUUGAAAAGAGACAGGAGGUGGUCCCUGAUGAAGAGUUACCGGGAGUUGGGCCAAUCAGACCUGAAGACAUAGAGACAGCUUUAAAGAACACAAGGCCAUCUGCUCAUCUCCAUGCCCACAAAUAUGACAAAUUCAAUGCUGAUUACGGUAGUCAAAUACUACAAUGAAAAAGAUGUAGUUGUUAUUAUUAGGUGGUCCAUAAUUUGAUUGUCAUAAUAUCACUGCUGUACAACUAGGAAACAUUAUUUUGGUCUCUCUGAUGCUAUUUACAGCUUUUCUUGAUUUGCGACUUGCAUUUGUUUUUCUCCAUUGAAGUGCCAAGUAACAAAUGCUUGUGAUUAUAUUUCAAAUCCCGUCAUUUUUGUUUUAUUUUAAAAUUUGAUCAUGACAUAUUGUCACUUCUUUUCAUAAGUUUAUUUUACGCUGUCUAAUAAUUAGAAAACGAGGGCAAAUU